UUAGAAGUUGUUGAAUGUGACAAAUGCGUUAACGUUAAGUUACCUUACUUAGUUCAUCUUACAGCAGUGUAACGUUAUCAGCGGGUUUCCUGGAUGAACUACAUUACCCAUAAUGCAUGUUUGCCCGGGACAUUGACGGUUGAGGAAGGUCCAUGAGUUUUGAAUUCUCUGGCGGAGUCCGAAAGCAUAACGUUAUCCCUGAUUCCCGCCGUUUUCUUUCGCUCGUUGUUUUCGCUGUUCGUCGUUAAUGCAUGCUCAAGUGUGUGGUUGUGAGAUCUUCUCGAAAUAAUUUUGACAGUUCAGAUAUCGGACUACAAAGAGUGCUACAGAGAGUCAGUGUUUCACUAUCAGACAGGUGCCAAAAGAGCUAAAUGACAAAACACCUCUCUGCGCUUACAACAUUGAUGGACGAUUGCUCCUGACACCCAGACGUUUCAUAUUAUUGAACUGAAGAUUGGUUGAAGCAGGUAAACAGAUGACUGCAACAUUCUCUUGGAGCUGUGCGGACCAGUGGCUCCAUGUAUAAACUGCCCCACUACAGCAGCUGGGCUUCCAUACAUCCCUUCGUUCAAGUGGUGUCCCAGUAUUUGUGUUGACCAGGUGAGUAUGUGGACAUGUGUAUGUCACCUUCACUCUCCAUGAAAAUUUCCGUGUUUUUGUCUUAGGAACCAAAAGAUGGCUGCUGCCCAGAAGCAUGUGCUCCGUGUAGUGUAUGUUGCACGAGACACCGCCCUGAAGCUUACUCUACUCGAGCGACCAAAGUCAGUGGAGGAGCUGAAAGAAAUAAUGCAAGAGAGGUUCAAGCCGAGACUGGAUGGGGACUUUAGCCUGCACUAUGAGGAUCCGGACUUUGAUGGUGAUCUUUGUCUUCUUGUGGACAUCCAGGAGUUACCAGAGAAGGGCACAUUGAGAGUCAUCAGGCCUGAAGGUGACACCUCAUCUACUGCAUCUUCUGACACAGACUUACUCCCAUGUGUAUCUGCGUUACAGCGCCAAAAGAGUUGGCCUGAUCACUUUGUUGUUCCUGGUUUUGAUUAUGAAAUGGAGCAUAUACUAGAAGAAGGAAAUCGUGUUUAUGAAGAAUCAGGAAAAUUGCUGAAGUUAAAGAGGUCACAGAAGAGUGAAAUCCUUAAAAAAAUGGCAGAAAUGAUCUACAGUUUUAAACCAUACCCACAUGAAAAGGAAUUGGCAAUUGCUGCUAAAGCUUUGAUUACAGCUCAUCCAUGUCUCAGAAUGACGGCUGGUGAAGACGCAGAGUUGGGAUGGAAACGUCACAUAGGGUACAAGGUUGCGUCUUACCGUAACAAUCUGGCCAAAGUUGGGGUUGCAGAAGUAGCCAUCAACACAGGGAGGCGGAGCCGAAACAACCCCAACAAUGAUCACCCCCAUCAAAAUAUAAAGAAAGCUCGAAAAGCUGAGGUCAACUACAUCAUCAACCUACCAAAGGAUCAAACCCCAGCCACUCUGGAAACAAUGAGAGUAGAAAUCAUACAUGAAGUUGAAAAGACUGAGAGAAACCAAUUAGUCAUAGGCAAGCUCAUGAACACAACCUAUGCCCUUCGUCGCCAAGAAAUCGUUGGAGCUCUUGUAGCUCCACGGGUGAGAGACAUCGUGGAUAGAUGGCCAGCCCUACUUAUGGAGUCACAGGUGUUUGCAGAGUUCCACCGAAUCAACAAUGUUAACCUGCGCAAUCAAUUCUACAAGGAGCUGGACAGACACAUGCCUAAACUCAUUACCUUGUUCAGAGACAAGGCCACCAAGACUGGCAAGAUAGCGGAGGAGCUAGCCAAGCUCAUGAUGAUUUAUGACCUUCAGGAACAACGUAAUGUAAAUAUAAGACGGGCACUCGUCCUUCGUGCUCUUCCUGUGUACCUGCGUGAAGAUGCCUUCAAGUUCUUUAGGACCUGUAAUUCAGCAGAUUGUCCAGACCUCACUGACACUCCGGUGGCUCUCCUGACAGUCGUCACGGAUGACACUAUUGAUGCGGCCCUCUUCAGCCCUGAGAGCAUCUGUAUCGUCGUGGAGGAUGAAAUACUUGUGAGUGGUCCCACGACUCUGGCUGACUCAUUUCUCCUGCUCUUUGGGUAUGUCUAUGCACUAGACCUACAGUACCCAAAGAAUCUUGAACUUACAUUCACAUUUAUCCAAAAAGUUGUGAUGUGUCUUGAGGACAACAAACCACUGAAAGGGCGUCUUCUGACGCUGAAGAAUGAUUUGUUUAAAUGAGUGAAUCACUCAGGAUGGAUUAUUUGAGUUGAGUUGAGUACUGAGAAAGUCCCUCCCUUUUUACAAAUGUAAUAAUUUGCCUGUUCUACCUCAGAUUUAAGAUCUGACACUGUUUGCCUCUUCUACCUCAGAUUUAAGGUCUGACACUGUUUGCCUCUUCUACCUCAGAUUUAAGGUCUGACACUGUUUGCCUGUUCUAACUCAGAUUUAAGAUCUGACACUGUUUGCCUCUUCUACCUCAGAUUUAAUACAUUGAUUGCCUAUACCUUGAUGCACUAACUUGAUGUUGCCAGUUGAAGUACAACCAGUACUUUAUUUGAAUGUUUUAUUAUUGACACAUAUUGUACUUUAAAAAACAUUUUGUUUUUAUGGGGUCAUUUUCUUUUUGUUUUAAUUUCACAAGCACUUUUUGACUCCUGCUCCUUUGAUUCAUGCCUUUUAAAAAGCGCAUUGUAUUAAAUAAAAAAAGUUGUUAAAUUGCCACUGUGGUGUCACUUUCAUGGUUUCUAACAUUAUUAGCUGAUUGUGUAGUGGGCCGACAUCAGUAUUUCAGUUUAGAAUUAAUUUUGAGUGCAUCACCCACAUUAAGAGUUAAAAUUUAUUGAAAAUUUUGAAUGUAUUUCCCAAAUUA